AUGGUCCGUUCUUUAGAGAGGAAAGUAGAGGAAACGGUCCAUCAUUUAGAGAGGAAAGUAGAGAAGAUGGUCCAUCAUUUAGAGAGGAUAGUAGAGGAAAUGGUCCAUCAUUUAGAGAGGAAAGUAGAGAAGAUGGUCCAUCAUUUAGAGAGGAUAGUAGAGGAAAUGGUCCAUCAUUUAGAGAGGAAAGUAGAGAAAAUGGUCCAUCAUUUAGAGAGGAAAGUAGAGAAAAUGGUCGAUAAUUUAGAGAGGAAAGUAGAGAAAAUGGUCCAUCAUUUAGAGAGGAAAGUAGAGAAGAUGGUCCAUCAUUUAGAGAGGAAAGUAGAGAAAAUGGUCCAUCAUUUAGAGAGGAUAGUAGAGAAAAUAGUCCGUCCCUUGGAGAGGAAAGUAGAGAAAAUGGUCCGUCUUUUAAAGAGGAAAGUAGAGAAAAUAGAGGAAAGUAGAGAAAAUGGUCUGUCCUUUGCAGAGGAAAGGAGAGAAAAUGGUUCGUUCUUCAGAGAGAAAAGUAGUGAAAAUGGUCCGUUCUUUAGAGAGGAAAGUAGAGGAAAUGGUCCAUCAUUUAGAGAGGAAAAUAGAGAAAAUAGUCCAUCAUUUAGAGAGGAAAGUAGAGAAAAUGGUCCAUCAUUUAGAGAGGAAAGUAGAGAAAAUAGUCCAUCAUUUAGAGAGGAAAGUAGAGAAAAUAGUCCAUCAUUUAGAGAGGAAAGUAGAGAAAAUGGUCCAUAA